GAGGAAUUGCGUAUUAUUCGGAAAUAUUUGGACGAUUACUUAGUGAAUGAAUUUAUACGCCUAAGUUCCUCCCCUAUAGCGGCCCCGGUUUUAUUAGUUGAACAACUGGGUGGCGGUAUCUAUAUUUACGUCGAUUACUGGGGUUUAAAUAAUAUUAUAGUUAAAAAUUAG